AUGCCAUUUAGAGAAUUUCAAUACAGUUUAUAUUUGGAACCUACAAUGUAUGAUAAUGAGCAACACCAGCAUACAAUAGACAAGCAACAAAAACAGCACCAUUUUCAACUGCAAAAUCUACAGCACAAUAGCUCUCGAGAAAACGCAUACCAAUCCUCUUCUCAACAACAACAGCCCAAUUCAGAUCCUCAGUCACAACAACAUUACCGACACACAAGCAUAACUAGAUCAAAUCAAAACCAAGAUGAUAUCCAAAGCAUUGGAUCAAACAGUACCGAGCCACAUUACAGUCCUAGCUCUAUGCAGCUACACAACAAAGAACAGGCUGACCAAGUUAAUCUUCAACGGCAACAACAAGAGCAGCAGCAACUACAACAUCAGUAUCUUGGAAGGUUGGAAGAGACACUGUGCUUUGCAUGCACCAGUAGUACGGAGAAUUUGAUAAAGAUGGAGGAGAACAAUAUUGGCAACGCUACCAAUUUCCAAGAAGAGUUUGAUUUUACACUUAAUCAAUCGUUUCCUCAGUACUUGAACGGAAGGGCAAAAGCGUUGAGCUUACCGUCAUCAACAUCAAUUCACAAUGAGUAUCAGCAAAACGGCUUUCAUUUCAGGGAAUUACCUAGUAACACACAAUACUUGGGGAACGAACUAACACCAUUUCCCACGUCGGCUGACAAUGCGACAAUGGUUAACAAUUAUAAUCAAUUAGAUAAUGAGUUACCUACCCAUGGAAACGACGUCAAUGGGAGCCAAUUCCAACAACUGAGCUUUUUAGAGAAUGAGUCACUGAUUGGAAGACCAGCUAAUAUGGUUGACAAUGUUGUCCAUCAAGCAUCACUGACACAGAAUCAUCAUCAGCAACAACAACAGCAACAACAACAGCAACAACAACAGCAGCAGCAGCAGCAGGGGCAGCGUUCUCAACAGACACCACACUCACAAGCCAUCUCACAACAGAGUCUUUUGGGCUCUCCUCUUACUGUUCAAAACUCAACUAUUGGUGCUUCCAGUCCAAUGAAUGGCAAUUUAAUGAAGAGUAUUGAUGCAGCAAUGACAAGCAUCAACACUUCAAUCAACCGUGGCGAGGAGCCUAGCAAUGCCAGCUUGGAUGAAGAGUCAAACACAAGUUUCCAAACCCACACGCCUACACCCCCACCUGCAAGCUUCAACAUUGCAUCGUCGUCAGCUUCAUCAGCGUCAACACUAUCAUCGAUGCAAGCAAAUGGGAUUGCAACAAUGACGAAAUCAAGGUUACAAAACUUUGGACCUGUGUCCAAAUCACCAUUGUUGUCACCAUUAAACAAAGAAGUGAGACAGUUUACAACAACACCAUCAGCGCAGCCACCUUCAUCAAGAGCAUCCUCAAUCAAUAAACAAAGAAAACUAGCGUUAUCCAAUGUGAAAUCGGAAAUGGAUACAACGUCUACAUCCACUUUCGCUUCAUUUAGUUCUUCACAAGUGCCACCAUCUUCAGCAGCAAUGGUAUCAGCUACAAGUUCAGGACUGUUACCAACCCCAUUCAUUUCCACACCCGUGUCAUCUACAAGUUCAAAAUUUACAACUACAACAGCACGACUCUUGAAGAAAAAACAAACUGGUCGGCCAAGAAUCAAAUCAGCUCAUAAUGUGAUUGAACAACGGUACCGGAACAAGAUCAACAACAAAUUCAAUGCAUUACAAGAGUCGGUGCCCACGUUGAAAGUAUUGUUGUUGCGCAAGUUGCAAGAAAAACAACGUUUACGACUCCAACGCCAAACCGAAGAAGAAAGAGGUGGUGGUACUCCCACUAGUGAUGCUAUCACCUGCACUGGUUUAUCCAUUCCUCCUGCUGCUGAAGACAGUUUAUCCGAUAACGAAGACUUGACCAACUUCGACGGACUUGACAUGCAAAUUGUUGAUGAUCGUGAGAUUGAAAGCAUAGAUUUGGAAGGAUUGGAGCCGGCUCGUAAAUUGAACAAGGGUACCAUAUUGGCCAAGUCGAUUGAGUAUAUCAAGUUUUUGGAAUCAAAGAAUGAGAAGUUGCAACUUGUUCAUGACGCGUUGGUGAAUAAAGCUAGAUUGAUGGGGUUGAAUUUGGAUGAACAGGGUGAUACCAACAUGAGUUGA